AUGGCCUUCGUUAAUCUCCUCCACAGAGCUCACACUAUCAUACUUAUCAUAGCUGCCAUUGCCAAUCUUUGCUCAACAGAGGAUGUUGCACCGACGCAUUACAGGUCAUGUGAUGCAUACCUUUUCCCCAGCGGCAAUCCUAAUGAGUUCGUUUGCAACAGCGGCGCCGUGGAUUAUCAUUGCGUGGACACUUCCUGCGGAGAGUACACUUUGACCUGGGACAAAUUCACCUUCACAGAUUGUCUGGCCUAUGUCAAUUACGGCAAGAGCCGAGCUUUGACCACCAACAAUAAAGCUAUUGUAUCUCCAUUUCAGUAUCACGUAUCGGCUUACUAUACUGAUGUCCAAGAUAGGGAUGACAAAAAUUGGUACAGGUGUCCAUUCUCCCUCGAGAACAGUUUCAAUUCCCGACGAGCAACCUGUACCGACUGCAAAUGA